UUUUAAUCGGGAUAGAAAUCCCAUUGGCGUUGAACUUCCGUUCGUUUGGCCCACGCUAUCAGUAGUUGGCAUUUCUUUUAUUUUUUGGAAGAAUACUUAUUUUAUGGCCUGUAUUAUAGUGUGAAAAUUAAACUAUGGCUACAAUAGAGAAGCUGUACAAAGACUUUGGAGUUCUUGCCGAUGCUAAAGAAAAAGCGGGCGAGCAUGAAGAGGAAUUCUUGUCAAUUCUUAGUGCUACUAAAGGUGAGCCAGGAGAAAAACGGCUAGCAUCCCAGUUCAUCACUCGUUUCUUCAAGUAUUUCCCUAGUCAUGCAGCCACAGCUGUCAAUGCUAUGUUUGAUUUGUGUGAGGAUGAUGAUCUCAUGACACGUAAGCAGGCCAUCAAAGAUUUACCUACUUUGUGCAAGUCUGCACCUGAACAAGUCUCAAAGAUUGCAUCAGCGCUUACUCAGCUGAUGGGGACAGAUGAUGCGACAGAAAGCAGUCUCAUACAAAGCUCCUUUAUCACACUUUUCAAAUUUGAUUGUAAAGGCUCAUUGGAGGGAAUCUUCAGUCAGAUUUUGGGAGAAGAUGAUACAGUACGAGAGAAGGCAAUAAAAUUUUUGGGUGCAAGGAUCAAAACACUACCAGAGGACACAUUUGACAGCCACUCAGAGGAACUCCUCAUAAAUAUGUGUAAAAAAGUAUUACAAGAUGUGACCAAGGAUGAGUUUAUAGCUAUUAUGGAGAUCCUGAAAUGUCAGAAAUCCAUGACAACAGUUCAAGGGAGACAACAAUUGGUGGAUAUCGUAACAGAACAAGCAGAGCUCGACCAACCAUUUGAUGCAACAGAUCCAGACUGUGUAGACCGACUAAUGCAGUGUAUAAAACAUGCAGCUCCACUCUUCUCUAAAAAUGUCCACUCAAAAGCAUUUGUUGGUUAUUUCUGUGAUCAUGUCCUUCCACACCUCGAUAAGUUGGCUAGCCCAGAGGAAGGAAUCAAUGGGAAACUGGAAAUGCUUAAACUGAUGGCUGAAAUCUCAGAGUUCACAGGGGAUUUUGAAAAUCUUGAAACACGAUUACAGAACUUGUAUGAUAGUCUAAUUUCCUACAUGCCACUCCCACCGGCUGAGGAGAAUGAGGACGAGUCUCACAGCGAGGAACCUAAACUGGAGUUUUCUGCAGUAGAGUGUCUGAUGUACACAUUUCAUCAGCUCUGUCGAAAACUACCCAACUUCUUGGCAGGGGAAGAAAAUGCGGACAGAUUAAAAGAUUUCAAAAUAAGGUUACAGUACUUUGCACGAGGGGUUCAGGUUUAUAUUAAGCACCUUAGAAUGGCCCUCCAGGGCAAAACAGGGACUGAGUUGAAGGAAGAGGAGAACAAGAUUAAGGUGGCAGCUUUGAAGAUUACAUCCAACAUCAACACAAUGAUCAAAGAUCUAUUUCAUAGUCCUCCAUCCUUUAAAUCUGUUGUGACAUUGUCAUGGAAACCAUUGGUUAAACCAGUAGAAAAAGCUGCACCAACAACAACAGGAACAGCUGGCCAAAAGAGAACACUAAUCACAUUUGAGUCCAAUGGAGCCGGUGGCAAGAAAGCCCACAAACAGGACAGAUCUUUGUAUCAACCACCCAGCGGGAAGUUCAGUGAAAAAGCAGGCGCAUUCCAAUCAGGUCAGAGGGGUCGAGGAGGAUUCAACCGAAGAGGGGGCUGGCGGGGUAGAGGACGCAAUCAGAGAUGGUGAGGGACAACUCUGCAAGAAUCCAAGGGGAAAAACUUAACAUUCAAUUCAUUCUGCUGCAUAGGUUAAUGAAACAUAUAUCACAUUGAUUUAAAAAAAACUGAUGCAGACUGAAUUAAUAUUAAGUUUUUGAACCAUAGAAGAGACUACGGAAUUAUGUGAUUGGCAGAUAGGCUGUAAGUUGUGUAUCACAAGCAAAAUGUUUUAGUUUUAAAAAUCAUAAAUUGAAGUUAAUAUAACUUUUGAACAAUUCAGAUACACAACUUCUAGCCUUCUGUUUGAGUUGACAUUUCAGAUCAGCGUUGGAGCAGGAACACUUAGAAUAGCCAGCAUGGUUACUGAUUGCCAGGUGGUUUAUUUUAAUAUCAGAAAUGUAUGUGAAACAGACAAACUUUGUCGAUCUCUUUUUAAGGUGUGUAGUAACCUUAAAGUGAGAAGAGAUGCAGUUUGUUGAAUACUGUUGUGUUUUUCGAUUUUAUUUUUAUUUUUUUUUUAUACUGAAAUAGCGAUGAAAUAGUCCUUACCAGUCAUCAUUGUUUAAGUGGAGGAAAAUGAUUGUCCACGAGUGCUUUUAAAAACAUUACUGAAGACUAAUACCAAAUAUUAUGUAGACCUAGUUAAACUGUUGACAGUGUGUAAAUGUCCACUUGAAUUAUACUUAUGAAAGUAUAUAUGUUGUCCGUUACCUGGGAAGAAAAUAAUCCUAGUUGGAGAGAAAAAUCAAGAUGGAUCAAGUCUAAAAGCAUUUGAAAAAUUGAUGUUUUUCAUCUUAAAUUCCUUUAUUAAGGCCCAAAUACUUCUAAUUUCUUGUUUUGCUUUUAGUUAGAUUUUAUUGUCAGAUGUUGCACACAUUACUUGUAUACAUGUAUAUACAUAGGGGAAUUUCAUGAAAGUGUACAUUGUAUGAAAGUGAAAUAAAUUUUUAAAAAUUUCA